AAACCACCAUAAUACCACUACCCAUUUCGUCACCCCCUUCCUUCCUCUGUCACACUGCGUUACUUUCUAAACCAACAAACCAAUUAUACGACCUUCAACAACGCUCCAAAUAAACAAACGUUUUACGCGAUCUAAGGGCCUUUAUAACAAAUCUUAACAUUCAACAUUCAGCCUGCCAUGGAAGAGGAGACUGUAGCAAGUUCAGACGUACCAGUCACCAAGGUUAUUGAGGAAACUACCAAGGACAUAACUAAGGAUGCCAAGAAAGAAGAAGAAGAAGCACCCUUAGAUGGAGAAUUUGUGAAAGUCGAAAAGGAAACCGUAGAUGUACCCAACGGUGGAUCCCACACAUCUCCAGCAUUGCCUGUUGAAAAUAACGAACAACCCAUCGCUGAAAAAAGUAGAGAAGUCCUUGAGGCGAAUGAGAAGACAAACGAACUCGAGCUUGAGCUAGAAAAAAUAACCACAAAAUUCAAGCUCUCAGAGUCUGAAAAUGCUGAACUCAAGAACCAAGUCUCGCUUACGAAUGAAAAACUCGAGCAACAGGAAAAGAAACAUGAAGAUCUUGAAACUGACCACAAGAAGUUACAAGAUCUUCUUAAAGAAACCGAGGAGAGAUACAAUUCACAGAUUACUGCUUUGCAAGAGGAACUACAAGCUCAAGAGUCAAACCAAAAGGAGCUAGUCAAAGUAAAGGAAUCGUUUGAAACUCUAAACAUCGAGUUAGAGAGUUCAAGAAAACGGAUGAUUGAUUUAGAGCAAGAACUGGAUCUUUCGGCAAGUGAUGCUAAAAAGUUUGAAGAACUGCACAAACAGAGUGGAUUACAUGCAGAAUCCGAGUCCAACAGAGCAUUAGAGUUCGAAAGAUUGCUUCAAUCGGCUCAAGUUAGCGCAAAAGAGAUGGAAGAUCAGAUGGCUUUAGUCCAAGAUGAACUCAAGGGUUUGCAUGAAAGAAUUGCGGAUCAUGAAAAGGUUGAAGAAGCACUCAAGAAGAGCACUGUUGACUUAUCUGCGGUCCAAGAAGAGUUGGAGGCUUCAAAAUCACAAGUUUUGGAAAUCCAGCAAAAAUACGAUUCGCAAGAGACGAAAAUAAGUGAACUGACCGAAGAACUGAAUCUGAAAAAGGCUUCUGAAUCUUCAACCAAAGAAGAUCUUCAAGCGAAAGAAUCUGAAUUGGAAGAAGUCAAACGGAACCUUCAUGAGAUUCAAGAGGAACUCGCGGAAACAAGAAAGGAAAAGGAAGAUCUUGAUGCGGUUUUAGUUAAAACAAAAGGUGAAUUAGCCGAAAAUGAGGAACGUGUCGGUAAGCUGUCGAAUGAUUACGACACUCUUUUGUCUGAAUCUCAGAAAUCUCAGGCAGAACAUGAACAUGAGUCAAAAUCACUAAAGGCCGAUUUAGAAGAAUCAAAAGCACUGGGUGAGAAAAUGGAAAAGGAACUUGCACAGCUUACGUCAACAAUUGCCGCUCUUGAAGAAGAAAAGAAACAUCUGAGCCAGCAAAUGCAAGACUCAACAGACAAGGUAACUCAGCUGGAAUCUGAGUUGACUCAAUCGUCCACACGUAACACCGAGCUUGAAUUGGAGCUUAAAACAGUUCUUGAAAAGUCAACUGAUCAUGAAGAACGGGCCAACACGAGCCACAAACGUAGCAUUGAGCUCGAAGACAUAAUUCAGAAUUUGAAUUCGAAAACCGAGAAUGCCGAUAAAAAGGCAAGUGAUCUGGAGUUGCUUCUAGAAGCAGAAAAGGAAAGAAUCAAGGAGCUUGAAGAACAAAUAACCACACUGGAGAAGAAAUGCAGUGACACGGAAGAAAGUUCUAGAAACCACUCUCAAAAAGCAUCUGAACUCGAAGCGGAAAUUGAAGCGUUGAGAUCAAAAGCAACGGUUCUCGAGGGUGCACUUGAAACCGCCACUAAAAAGGAACAAGAAUUGACACUGUCAUUGGAGGGUGCACUAGAAACUGCCACUAAAAAGGAGCAAGAGUUGACCGAUUCAAAAUCAAUUGGGGAGAAAAUGGAAAAAGAGCUUGCGCAACUUACCUCAACAAUAGCGACUCUUGAAGAAGAAAAGAAACAUCUAAGUCAGCAAAUGCAAGACUCCAUAGAUAAAGUAACUCAGCUGGAAACUGAGUUGACUCAAUCAUCCUCACGCAACUCAGAGCUUGAAUUGGAGCUUAAAACUGUACUUGAAAAGUCAACUGAUCAUGAAGAACGAGCCAACACGAGCCACCAACGUAGUAUUGAGCUCGAAGAUAUAAUUCAGAAUUUGAAUUCAAAAGCCGAGAAUGCAGAUAAAAAGGCAAGUGAUUUGGAGUUGCUUCUAGAAACAGAAAAGGAAAGAAUCAAGGAGCUUGAAGAACAAAUAAGCACACUGGAGAAGAAAUGCGGUGACACGGAAGAAAGUUCUAGAAACCAUUCUCAAAAAGCUACCGAACUCGAAGCAGAAAUAGAAGCUUUGAGAUCAAAAGCAACGGUUCUCGAGGGUGCACUGGAAACAGCCACUAAAAAGGAGCAAGAAUUGACUGAAUCUUUGGCGGGUGCACUGGAAACCGCCACUAAAAAGGAGCAAGAGUUGACAGAAUCUUUGGAUUUAGCAACAACCGAGAAAAAACAGUUAGAAGACGUCUCAAAGAAAUCAUCAGAGCAACUUGUGGAAGCAGAAAACCUUCUAGAAGUAUUAAGAAACGAACUGAAAGUUUCUCAGCAGAAACUGGAAACCGUCGUUAGUGAUCUAGAAGCUUCCGGAAUCAGAGAAACAGAAGUCAUGAACAAGCUUAAGUUAGCUGAGGAACAACUAGAUGAAGCAAGGGCAAAGCAUGUAGAGUAUGAAACGCUACACGAAACCCACACUAGAGAUUUUGAUCUGAAAUUACAAGAAUCUGUUGCAAACUUCACUAGCAGAGACGCGGAGGCCAAAUCGUUGCUUGAGAAAUCAACGACUCUUGAGACCCAGUUAGCUGAAGCAACUGAAAAAGCUGUUUUGCUAAAAGACGAAUUAGAUCAGCUUUUGCAGAUACGAACUAAUUUAGAAAGCGAGAAUGAAAGCCUCAAAAAAGAGAAUGAAAAGGUUGAAGAAGCACUCAAGAAGACCACCGUUGACUUAUCUGUAGUCCAAGAAGAAUUAGAUGCUUCGAAAUCACAAGUUUCGGAAAUCCAGCAAAAAUACGAUUCACAAGAGGCUAAAAUAAGUGAACUGACCGAAGAACUGAAUCUGAAAAAUGCUUCUGAAUCAUCAACCAAAGAAGAUCUUCAAGCGAAAGAAUCUGAACUGGAAGAAGUCAAACUGAAGCUUCACGAGAUUCAAGAAGAACUAGCCGAAACAAGAAAGGAAAAGGAAGCUCUUGAUGCAAUUUUGGUUGAAUCAAAAAGCGAAUUAGCACAAAAGGAGGAUCGUUUCAGCCAGCUGUCAGGUGAUUACGACACUCUUUUGUCUGAAUCUCAGAAAUCUCAGGCAGAAUAUGAACACGAGUUGAAAUCACUAAAGGCCGAUUUAGAAGAAUCAAAAUCACUGGUCGCGAAACUGGAAGAAGAACUCGCACAGUUUUCUGUUAAGAUAACCGAGCUUACGUCAACAAUAGCCACUCUUGAAGAAGAAAAGAUACAUCUGAACCAGCAACUGCAAGACUCUACAGACAAGGUAACUCAGCUGGAAACUGAGUUGACUCAAUCAUCCUCACGCAACACAGAGCUUGAAUUAGAGCUUAAAACUGUUCAUGAAAAGUCAACGAAUCACGAAGAACGAGCCAAUGCGAGUCACCAACGUAGCAUUGAGCUCGAAGAUAUAAUUCAGAAUUUGAAUUCGAAAGCCGAGAAUGCAGGUAAAAAGGCAAGUGAAAUGGAGUUGCUUCUAGAAGCGGAAAAGAAAAGAAUUCAAGAGCUUGAAGAACAAAUAACGACACUGGAGAAGAAAUGUAGUGACACAGAAGAAGAUUCUAGAAACUAUUCACAAAAAGUAUCUGAACUCGAAUCAGAAAUUGAAGCAGUAAGAUCAAAAGCCACGGUUCUCGAGGGUGAACUGGAAACCGCCAGUAAAAAGGAGCAAGAAUUAACUGAAUCUUUGGAUUUAGCAACCACUGAGAAAAAGCAGUUAGAAGACGUCUCGAAGAAAUCAUCAGAGCAAAUUGUGGAAGCCGAAAACCUUCUAGAAGAAUUAAGAAACGAACUGAAAGUCUCUCAGCAGAAGCUGGAAACCAUUGCCGGUGAUCUAGAAGCUUCCGGAAUCAGAGAAGCAGAAGUCAUUAACAGGCUUAAGUUAGCUGAGGAACAACUAGAUGAAGCAAGGGCAAAGCAUACAGAGUAUGAAACGCUACACGAAACCCGCACUAGAGAUUUUGACCUUAAAUUACAAGAAUCCGUUGCAAACUUCACUAGCAGAGACACAGAGGCCAAAUCAUUGCUUGAGAAGUCAACGUCUCUCGAGAAACAGUUAGUUGAAGCAACUGAAAAAACUGUUACGCUAAAAGAUGAAUUAGAUCAGCUUUUGCUAAUAAAAGCUAAUUUAGAAAGUGAGAUCGAAAGCCUCAAAACAAAGAUAUCAGAAACAGAAAAUAACGCUAAUGAGUUAUCUGCUGAAAAUGAAACGUUGGUAGCAACCAUUAUUCAGCUCAAAGACAAGGUCAAUGAACUCGAAAGUGAGAAGGAAUCCACGUGUCAAACAAUUGAUUCACAUGAAAAAACAAUUGCUGAUUUAACUGAACAGCAUUCUAGAGCUGCUGAGCUGGCAGACAACCACAAGCAUGAACUGGAACAAGCUUUGUUGAAACUAAGUGGUCUGGAGAGUAUAGUGGAGGAUACGCAAAGCAAGUCCAGUCAGCUUGAAGAAACCAAUUUGAAACUUACUCAAGAACUUGCUACUUGUGAGUCUAAACUAAAUGAUCUGCAGACCAGUUUGACCGCAGCUUUAACCGAAAAAGAUCAGAUACUGAAUCAGCUCGUUACGUCCAAGAAAGAAAUUGAAGAUCUGAAAGAACAUUUUUCUUCUGAAGGGCAAAAGCUGCAGUCUCAGAUAUCAUCACUGAUGGACGAGAACAGCAUGCUAAAUGAAACACACGAAAAUGCUAAAAAGGAGUUUCAGACAGCCAUAAAUACACUUGAAGCACAAGUUAAAGAACACACGUCUAACGAAACGUCUCUAAAACUUGAGCUAGAAAAUCUCAAGGCGGAGAUUGAAGAGAAGACUGCAUUAAAGAUCAGUCUAAAGAAUCUUGAAGAAAAUCUAGCAGAAGCCCGAAAUACCAUUGUUGAACAGAAAGAGAUACUUUCACAAAAGGAGUUGGAGCUAAAGGUUGCAUUGAAGGACCUUGAAGCAAAGAAGGAAUCACUUUCGCAUUUGGAGAAACAAGUCAAAGAUCUUACGGAAAAUGCUAAGGUCAAAGAACAGGUUCAUGGGGAUAAUGCAAGCGAGGUAAAAUCACGGGACAUAGGAUCAACACUGACAACAACAACAGCAUCAAAGCGCAAAAGCAAGAAAAACGUGGAAUCCUCAACCGCACAUGCAGCUGCACCCACACCCUCGUCCUCUUCAAACACACAAAAUCAAGCCCCUGAUGGUUCAAUUGUCACAAGCAUUAAGUUCAUAAUGGGUGUAGCAUUGGUAUCAGCGAUCAUCGGUCUAGUUCUUGGUAAACGAUAUUAAGUUGUGCUUUUGUUUCUAUUUUUUUGAUCUCUCUUUGGGUGGAUAGCUCUUCGUUUUGAGGUACCUUUGGUGAAGGAGUGGUGUUAAUCGGUUUUGAUGUUUAUGUUUGGGCUUGAUUCAGGCAUAAUUUAUGAGAACAUGUGUUUUUUUUUGUCAAUAACUGUGAUCAAUAAGAAUUUAAAUGGCAUUGGAUCUUGAUGAUGA